AGUACAGGGUAAGGGGGGAUGGACAUAAGCUAGGACACUGCAUGAAUUGAUUAUCUUACACACUUUCAAAUGAAGGAGGACAUUUUGGUAUGGAAAGAUCUUGAGAAUCGUGGGAAGAAGUCUGGUAGUGGAGGACUUUAGGCACACAAUGGGUGCCAGGCUGACACUCUGCUGCUGUUACUACUAUCUGAAGUACAGCAGAGAGGAGAAAAUGGCGUUUUUGCGCGUGCACGCUGCCAACGCUUCCAAGCCACCAGAGCCGCUAUCCUGUGAUUCCAGUAGUAGUGACGCAGAGGAGGAAUGCCAUUCUGGGCCACAGCAUGCCUUGAGGACGCCAUGGGAGAACCAGCAAAGCCAGAGGACAAAUACGCAUGGUGCCUCAUCGAUUAGGCGGGAAUCAGAGAGAGAGCUGCAAGCUUUCAUCAGCAUGAGAGACCAGGUUGACAAAGCUACCGAGGAAUGGGAGAAGCUGAAUUAUGACAUCCACACUUUGCGGUAUGCCCGACGCGAAGUGAGAGCUCGAUGGAAGAAAAUCCUGCUGCAGUUAGGUUAUCAGGCUGAGGUGGAUGCCUUGUUGUAUGUCAACAAACAAAGUCGCCUAAUUCGAGACCAGGCGAGUCUUAAUAAAGCCACUGAGCUGUUGUCUCAGUUAUUGGACCAUACAUCCCUAUUUCCUCCAGGAACUGGACAUCAGACCAGAUACCUCUAUGUUAUGGAUCGCCUGGUGUCUCUGGACAGUGCUGAAGACUUUGUCCGGCUGGCCAGAGAAAAAUAUCCAAAGGCCUCGAGACAAGAACACUGAAACAAAGCACAUAAAAGUUAUUGUUGUACUGUUUUGUACUCCAAUUUAUGACCUCAUCUUUCUCGAGUUGGUGAGUUGUAGUGGUUUUUGUUACUAAAAUACUUUUUAAAUUGAUAAGCCAAUUUCAUUAGUUGAUUGUCUGACUGCUCCAAACCAGUGACAUGCAGUCGGAUGAGGCAGGGCAAGCAGAGCCUCAUCUUUCAUGAUGAAAAAUACAAGAAAAAUGAAUAUUAAUAUUUGUCCAUUUAACUGUAUUACACAUGUAUUUUCUGUAUUAUUCCAGUCAUUUGAAACGUUUUAUUAAAAAUUUUAUUAAUUUGGACAUUGAUCAAAUACAAGGCAGAACCCUUAAGAUGAGACUGGCACCAGUGUAUUCUCGGCUUGCAGUACUCAAUUCAUCCCAAAGGGGUGGGGGCAUGCAUGAGGUGGAAGGUGGAAGGUUGGAAGGUGCUUGUCACUGCCGUCCUUCCAUAGCAAGGAACAGCCAGCUUUUUUUGUGGGUGUGUGUCGCACUUUGAUAUUUAGAUAAGCAGCAAGCCAAAAGAUGGAGGAUUAUAUAUCCAAGCUCACCAGGAGGUGAUCAGACUUUUACAACAAAGUAUCAGAACUUUUCCUGCAGAAGGAUAGAGUGCAUGUACCUGUACUUCACAUACAGAUUAAAGGUUAGAACACAAAUGUUUUUCCGUUAAUAAAAAAAAAUAAACAAAUGGGACCAAGACUUACCUCUUUUUACUUUUUAAUCAAAGUGAAUGAUUUUCUUCUUUUUCUUGUUAACCCCUAAUGAGCAACCUGUAUUAACAUAAAAAACACCAAGGGAGUGAGUGCCUCACCAGCCAUGAACCUCACCACAUGUCAUUGGAAAUGUCAUUGACUGAAGUGCAUAAAAAUGUACAAAUUAAACAUGUGUUGCAAAACUAUUUUGAAAUUCGGUGU